CGAACGAUCGUGACGUGAGCGACCAUUGCCAACUUCGUGGUUCGUUGCGUGUAUUUUCUGCUGCUGUCCCCUUUACAGGAUUCAUUUCACCCCCUAUGCAAGUUGCGCUCGGCUUUUCAGGACCAGAUCGGCCUAUAGAAUUUCGCUGCUGUGGUGUUCACUCGAUUUGGGGUCGGACUUCCGUUCCGUCAAGUGGUGGCAUACGAGGCAUGGCUCGUCCAUCAUGCUGCAUCUGCGAUGUGCAGAGCAAUCUUGGCAUGUGCCGCUCAAGCGACCUCAUCCGACAUGCACACCUCUCGCAUCGUAUGUCCGUGGCCUCCAUGGUAUGCGGCACUGAAUUUCGGCCGCCUGUCGAUCGACGCUGUGUCGCAUUUCGAAUACUCGCAUCCGUGGGCGGGCGGCAGUACGCAGACGUCGAUGUCGGACAUGCCGAUAAGAGCAGAGGAGGCCAGUGGUAUUUGUGAGGAAUGUAGUGUCGGAUGAGAGUAGGAUUAGCAGGACUCGUACUGUGGCAGCUUGUAGCUGGCGUCCUCGAUGUCGAAAGCGCAAUGAUUGUGGUCUGAUAUAUUGUUUACCAAAUGCAAGACGCUUACACGGCGCAAACAUCAUCUCGAACAAACCGAGCUUGGC